AGCCAGUCUCGGGUAUGUUAUUGGAGGAAUUGACUCGACGCUGGCAAGUCCCGUCCGCACGAAUGUAAUGGAACGCGCCUCGGUCACCACCACGGCAGCAUCUGAAAUGCACGAGCGGAAAACGCACGUCGGCAACUCCCCAUGGCUAAUUGCGUCGCGCGGCGCCGGUGGCUCGAGUUCGCCAGUGAGCCGGGUGCCACUGCCAUGCCCAGCGCCAUGCUAAAGCGACACACUCGUAAUAACACGGAGCACUCAGUUCAACCGGUGGGGAAGCUGUGGAAAAAGUUGGUGGAGAACCUUAACGGGUUGAAGCCUCGAUUUUCGAUUACAUUUUUUUCGACCUAGAUUUUUCUUUUUCCUCCCGAGAAGCGCUGCUUUUUUUUUUUAAAUUUUUUUUUCUCCAGCCCCGUCGACAACAUGGAUGUUCGAAUUUACCGCCGACCUCUGCCGGAGUUGAAGACGCGAGGGAUCGGGAUGAGGCGCCCCUUAUGAAGAGGCGGAACAGCAGCGCUCGAUCAAAAUGGCCCAAACCAGUUUGCUGCAGGGGAAGCGCUUCUACUGCCGGGAGUUCUUCCACAAGAUCCAGCAUUGCCUCCAGGAGAAAACCAACGGCCUCGGCGGAGUGGCCGGCGCUCCCGGUAAGCAGCAGCAGCAGCCGCCGCCACCACUGACGACGACCGCGCCGGCCGGGGGCGCGUCCAACCCCGGCACCCUGACGGCGGGGUCCGCGAAGUCGGGCGGCUCCUGGGGGGUGUUGCUGGUCUGUGGUCCUGGAAGCGGAAAGACCGCGCUGUGCACGGAGCUGCUGUGGCCCGCGUCGGCACAGGGGACGCACCGGGGCAUGCAGCAGCAGAGCCUUGGCGUUCCACUUCCUGCCGGGCGGACGACUUCGGACACGCUCUGCGUCGGCGGGUUCGUCCGAGGUCUGGUGGCUCAGAUCUGCCGCGGCGGGUUGCUGCCGGGCUACGAGGAGAAGGUGCGGGACCCGGCCGCGCAGAGCGCUCUGCAGCCCGGGGAGUGCGAGAGGAACCCCACGGAGGCCUUCAAGAGAUGCGUCCUCCUGCCUCUGCUGAGUGUGAAGCCUCCUCAGCAGUCCCUCUUCCUGGUGGUGGACUCCAUCGACGAGGGCUGCCAGCUGGGCGAGGGGGAGCAGAGGUCCUCCCCGGGCUCCCCCAGGACCAUCGCCGAGCUCCUGGCCGGCCACCACGAGUUCCUGCCCCCCUGGCUGCUGCUCGUCUGCUCCGCGCGGCGGCAGAACAAAGCCAUCACCAAACUCUUCACAGGAUUCCGCAAAAUCAGCCUCGAUGACCUGCGCAAGGCCUACAUCGUCAAGGAUGUGCAACAGUACAUCCUCCACAGGCUGGACCAGGAGGAGGCCCUGAGGCAGCACCUGACCAAGGAGACGGCCGAGAUGCUCAACCAACUCCACAUCAAAAGCAGUGGCUGCUUCCUCUACCUGGAGCGCGUGCUGGACGGCGUGGUGGAGAACUUCAUCAUGCUUCGCGAGAUCCGUGACAUCCCCGGCACCCUCAACGGCCUCUACCUGUGGCUCUGCCAGAGACUAUUUGUCAGAAAACAGUUUGCCAAAGUCCAACCCAUCCUUAACGUCAUCCUGGCGACGUGCCGGCCGCUUACGGUCAAGGAACUGUACCACGCGGUCUGGACCAAAAACAUGACGCUGACUAUGGAGGAGUUUCAGAAAAAGAUGGACAUUCUCUCCAAGUUGUUGGUCGACGGCCUGGGAAGUACCAGAAUCCUAUUUCACUACAGCUUUGCAGAGUGGCUACUAGAUGUGAAACAUUGCACCCAGAAGUACUUGUGCAACGCAGCGGAGGGACAUCGGAUGUUGGCAAUGAGUUAUACCUGCCGGGCAAAGCAGCUCAAACCACUCGAAGUGCAGGAAUUUGCACUGCACCUCGUCAGCUCCAACCUGCAGAUCGAGCCUUUUAAUCUGGCUCUUUGGAUGGUUUGGAAUGGAACUCCUGCUAAAGACUCUCUGACCACCUCCAUACCAAGAGAGCAGGAGGUCCUGCAACUUCUGGUCAAAGCCGGCGCUCAUGUGAACAAUGAGGACGACCAUGCGUCGUGCGUCGUACAACAGGCCCUGGAAAGAGAGGACUCGAUAAGGACAUUGCUUGACAAUGGGGCAUCUGUGAACCAGUGUGACUCCAGUGGGAGAACUCUGCUGGCGAACGCUGCGUACAGUGGAAACCUCGACGUGGUCAACUUGCUCAUAUCUCGAGGGGCAAACAUGGAGCUGGAAGACAACCACGGACAGACGGCACUUACUCUAGCCGCCAGGCAGGGCCACACCAAAGUGGUCAACUGCUUAAUUGGCUGCGAGGCCAACAUCAACCACACGGAUCACGAUGGAUGGACGGCCUUGCGCUCCGCAGCUUGGGGCGGACACUCGGAGGUCGUAUCCGCUCUGCUCUACGCCGGUGCGAAGGUGGACUGUGCCGACGCCGACGGUAGAACCGCUCUGAGAGCUGCCGCUUGGGGAGGUCACGAGGACAUCGUGUUGAACCUCCUUCAGCACGGGGCCGAGGUCAACAAGGCAGACAAUGAAGGAAGAACCGCUCUCAUCGCCGCGGCGUACAUGGGCCACAGAGAGAUCGUGGAGCACCUCCUGGACCACGGGGCCGAAGUCAAUCAUGAAGAUGUGGACGGAAGGACCGCCCUCUCGGUCGCGGCGCUAUGUGUCCCCGCAAGUAAAGGCCACGCUUCGGUUGUCAGCCUUUUGAUCGAAAGGGGAGCGGAGGUUGACCACUGUGAUAAAGACUGCAUGACUCCUCUCCUCGUGGCUGGCUAUGAAGGACACGUCGACGUAGUGGAUCUGCUGUUGGAAGGCGGGGCCGAUGUGGAUCACACGGACAACAAUGGCCGCACUCCUCUUCUCGCCGCCGCAUCGAUGGGCCACGCCUCCGUCGUCAACACGCUACUUUUCUGGGGGGCUGCUGUCGACAGCAUCGACAGCGAGGGAAGGACCGUGCUGAGCAUCGCAUCCGCUCAGGGUAACGUAGAGGUGGUCCGAACUCUGCUGGACAGAGGUCUGGACGAGAAUCACAGGGACGAUGCAGGCUGGACCCCGCUGCACAUGGCUUCUUUUGAGGGCCACCGGCAAGUGUGCGACGCCCUCAUUGAGCAAGGCGCUCGCUGUACGGAGGUCGACAAUGACGGUAGAAUACCGCUGAUAUUAUCUGCACAAGAGGGACAUUACGACUGUGUGCAAAUUCUUCUGGAAAACAAGUCGUGCAUCGACGAGAGGGGGUACGAUGGGAGGAAUUCUCUCAGGGUGGCGGCGCUGGAAGGCCACAGGGACAUUGUCGAACUGCUGCUGAGCCACGGUGGCGAUAUAGAUCACAAAGACGCGGACGGACGCCCGACGCUCUACAUACUGGCACUUGAAAAUCAGCUGGCCAUGGCGGAGUAUUUUCUUGAAAACGGAGCGAACGUGGAGGCCUGCGACACCGAGGGCAGGACUGCCCUCCACGUGUCCUGCUGGCAGGGGCACGUUGAAAUGGUGCGGCUGCUGAUUAACUACCAUGCUGAUGUGAACGCCUGUGACAACGAGAAGAGAUCUGCCCUCCAGUCGGCCGCGUGGCAAGGACACACAAAAGUGGUGCAGUUUUUGAUCGAGAACGGCACACAUGUGGAUCACACGUGUAACCAGGGAGCAACGGCACUGGGCAUCGCUGCACAGGAGGGUCACAUUGAUGUCGUGCAGAUACUUCUCGAAAAUGGUGCCGACCCCAACCACGCCGAUCAGUUUGGCCGCACGGCAAUGCGAGUGGCCGCGAAAGGUGGCCAUUCAAUGAUCAUUAAACUCCUGGAAAAGUAUGGUGGUACGACUCUAAAUGGCAGCAAUCCCUCCCCGGUACACACCAUGGAAGAAAAAAUGCUGUUGACAGUGACUGGUAAAAUGCAGUCCCUCACCAUUAAAUCUAGUAGCUCCAGCAGCACCGGUGCAGGAGAUAUGCAGUCGUCUGGACGUGGUCUACCCAACAGACCUGUCCACGCUUUCAGUUCCCCAUCAGAGUCUCCUGAUUCGACAGUCGAUAGACAGAAAUCCUCCCUUUCAAACAAUUCCCUCAAGAGUUCAAAGAACUCCUCCUUGAGAACCACGUCAUCCACCGCCACGGCCCAGACCGUGCCCAUAGACAGUUUCCACGGACUGACAUUCACGGAACAAAUCCAACAGCACUCGUUGCCGCGCAGCCGGAGUAGACAGUCUAUCGUGUCCCCCUCCUCCACGACCAAGUCUAUCGGUCAGCAGCCGUCGUCUCCAUCCAACGACUUUGACUGGUCUCAGAUAAAAUCUGGCCUCAAGUCAUCAAAGGGAAGUAAGACCGGAAACGGGACGUCGAACGGCAAAGGAGCGCCGGGAGACAAGAAGAAAGUUAAGAACAGCGGGUCCACCCAAGGUCAAGUGCUGGAGUACGAGAUGACGCAGUUCGACCAGAGGAUUGCUCUCAACAAAUCGGUAGCGAACAUUUCCGUGAAGGACCCCCAUUGCAAGAUUGUGAUUGGCGGUUCGAUUCGGCAGGAAAGGGGGCAAAGCCAAGAGCAGUUAUUUAUCCAGCAGCAGAUCUGUGCUGAGAAGAAGAGGAAUGGCAUCAUGACCAACCCCAACUAUCAUCUACAGGGUAAUCAGGUUUUCCUGAGUAGGGUAUCGGUUCCUCGGACUGUACAUAACAGGGGCCACCAGGAUGUACUAGAGAACUAUCCCAUAGGGGAAACCGAGCUAAGCCUUAAACAAGCCCUGAAACUGCAGAUUGAAGGAUCAGACCCCGGGUUUAACUACAAAAAGGAGACUCCGUUAUAGCUGGUGACAGUGUGUGUGCUCUAUGUUGACGUGCAUUCGUCUGAGUUUAAAUUAAGGUCAGGGUGGGACGGCUCAUACGCAAGACUUUGGCCCGCCUCUUCAUUUUACAGCGGCUGACUUUUUACCGUCAUUAGUUUGGAUUUAGUCAGACUUGCAUGAAGAAUGCCUCAAUCGGGAUCCGUAGACCUUUUUCUCCUCCCAAAACAUGACAUUAACCUAAAUCAUUCCUGUACCGUUUCAGAUGUCUUGAAUGCUUUCCGUCAUGCAGACAGUGGAGGGAAUGUGCCAAAGCGACCGUAUCAUCUGCGUAAAAACAAACAAAAAAAUCAACUAGAGUUUUGUUCAUCAGUGGGAGACCUCAACAAUAAUACCUAGGGACGAUUGUUGAUUGCUGCCUGAAGGCUUACGUGAACCGAUACAUCGAUGUGCCUACAUCUGUUACAGCCAUGUAUUCAUGCAAACUAUCAUUUUAAUUUAAUGUUAUUGCUAUUUAAUAAACGGUGUAUGCACUUUUAAAAAGAGUAAAAUGACAGACAUGCAUUUGUUCUAUUCACUUUGUAUCCCAUCCAUGUUUUAUCAAAGUAAUUGUUUUUAGAGAAAAACAUACCAAUGCCUUUUUUUAUUAUUUUAUAUUGUGUUUGUUCCGUCUACUUUUUCACACUGACAGCAAUGUGCCACACGAGUACAUCGUCACAAGACCAGAGGGCAGUAACUGACGCCGCAUUGAUAGUCUGCCUUUCUAGAGACCCCAAAUAAUCUGUGUUAACCUUGGAUCGGUGUGCUACGCCUAUGUUGUGUGUGUGUGUGUGUGUGUGUGUGUGUGUGUGUGUGUGUG